AUGAACGCCGGCACGCGAACCCUCGGGAACAACCUGAAGCUGCAGAAGCGGUUGGCCAUGUCCAUCCUCAACUGCGGCCGUUCCAAGGCGUGGCUCGACCCCGAGCGCAAGGAGCUCAUUGCCAAAGCCCGAACCCGUGCCGAGGUGCGCACGUUGAUCGAGGCCGGCGUGGUGCAGAAGAAGGAGAAGGAGUUCAAGCAGCCCAUGGACCGCGACGAGAAGCUCAAGCGCAGGGUCAAGAUGCGAAUGGCCCGCAGGGUGAUCGAGGAGGAGGGACUCGACUUCUGA